AUGCCUCCAAGCCUUCAACCAACGUUAGCUACAAGAGAGAAGCAAUUAGAAACGUGGGCUAGUUUGGUGAUAGACUACGCACAACAUAACAAGAUCUUCACACUUGACGUCGCUGAAGUGGCGAAUAGCGAACUAUUCUACAAUCAAAAAUUAAAUAGGCGCCUUUCUCCGGAGGGAAUUCGUGCUGUGUUCGACUACCUCGAGCAGAAAAAGCACAUCGAGUGGAUUGAUAUUGUAAAAACUCGGUGUCAUAUUUAUUGGCGGCGCCCAGACGAGUGGGCCGCUUUGAUCUACGCGUGGGCGGUCUCGAACGGCUUGCUGAACACGCCGUGUACACUUUACGAAAUCGCACACGGAGACGAUACAGUACAAGAAUGUAAGUCGACCAAACUUUUUUUAAAAUAUUCUGCUUGUACUCUUUCUAAGCAAAUCGGAAACAUUGAUUUCAUUGACCUCUGA